AAUCAGUUUUACUGUAUGGUGAAAUAAACGGUAACAUAAAAAGCUAAAGCACCAGUAAAAGUCAGUCUAACUUCAACUAUAUAAGUGAACAAUGUCAGAGCUACAAGCUAAACCCGACAGCUCGUUGGAGGUGGUGAACGUUAACGUUAUAGAGACAGAUUCAGGUGCGAAUCUCCAACACACAGACCAUGAGGUGCUGAACCAAAUUACUCAAACUGACAUUGCACAACAGAAGGUGGAGGAAGAAGAACACACCGCUACUCACCAGGAGCUGAAGGUGGAGAUCCGCACUUCAUCUACAGCUGCAUUACUGACUUCAGAUCAGAGUUUAACAACUGAAACAAGUCAGGACAAAGUCAGAGCACAUGAUAACCAAGUAAUCAAACCUCCUAAUGAUACAAUAAACUCCACAGCAACAGUUAAAAUCUUAUUAAUGCCAGAUGGACACAUGAUGACUGUGGCCUUUAGCAUAGGCCUAACCACCCAGGAUCUGAAGAAUCAUUUUGCAAAUGAGCUUAGAGUACCAGCGGACAUUAUUCAGAUCACACUAGAUGGCAAGGCUGUGGAUGAUCAUGAGACCCUGAUGAGCCUUGGAGUGCAGCCACUCACCACAGUCCAGUUUGAGAUGAGCUCAUUAGAUCCGGAGAAUUACCCCAUCAAACCUGUAAAACCUCAGCAGGAGUGCACCAUGCCUGAUGUCAUUGCUGUCCGAGUACAAGCAGGCGAUGAAACUUAUCAAGAUGUGGUGGUUGAGAUUGAGAGAGCUACACAAAAGAAAGCUUUUUUGGGAGGAUAUUGCCACAAGGUCACCAACACUGAGUACCAUCAUGCUGCAGUACAGACUAUGACCAGGAGAAGGCCUGAUAGGGGAGUAAAGAUGUUCAGCAGAGACACACAGACAGUGGAGGUGAAAAGUCAGGCCCAACAGUGCUCCAUCGACACUUCCACUCAGAUGACUAAGAUUGGCUGCUACAUGUCCAACAUGAAGGACAAACUCAUCACACCGGGGAUGUACUUCACUGCAGAUGAGUACCACAACAAAAGGCUCAAAGCUGUAAUAACUAUACAGACAUACACCAGGCGCUGGCUGGCCCAGCAGUUCAUGGCUCAUUUGAGACAGGAGAGAAAGCUAAGACUGGCCUGGAUGGAAGAAGAGGAAAGGAGAAAGGUGGAGGAAAAAGAGAAACAGAUCAAAGCCGAGUACUACAGGAGAAUGAAUCCUGAGAAAAAGGAAGACUUUUCCUUGCUAUAUAAUGCACUAGAAAAGUGGAGGCAGGAGGAGUUGGAGAACAUUAAUGCCAGUCUGUGUGGAGCAGAGAGGAAAGCAGCUCUGUGUGCUCUUUUGGAACAAGAGACUCAGCUCAUAGCAUCUAUAGAACGCCACCGCAUUGCUGCAGGAGAGAGAAACCAAGAGAAAGCAGUGCAAGCAUUUCUCGACAAGUGUGCUGCCUCUAAGCAAUGGCGAGCAUUUGAUGGGAAAAUUACCCAGAUGGACACACCAAACACCAUCAGGGCAAAAGAGCUUCGGGACCUCUACUGCAGCAUUACACUAAAGGACCUGAACCAGGAGGAGCGUCUUGAUGUGCUGCUUACACUUAAACAAACUGUCAAGGAGCACAACUGUAACCUGACUAAAGAGAUUGUGGCAUUAACUGAACAAGAGGCUGACCUUCUAAGAAGGGGUGUAAAGGAGAGUAAUUUAGAGGGGCUGAGAAAGAGGAUUGCCACUCUCUUCCUCCAGUACAUCAAAACACCCACUUUCAACCCACGGGUGGCCAAAUUCCUGCAGGUGCCACAAGACGCAGCCGACCUAAAAAAGAACAUUUAUUACUGCCGUGGCUGCAGAAACUACCUGCCCUCCACUGACUUUGCCCUGACAGUGAACUCUCGUGUUGUGGGCCUCUGCUGCCGCUGUAAAGAGCUGGAUGGUGAGGCUCGGCAAAGAGAGGAUUUCUCCCAUUAUAAAACUAUCCUGAAACGACUGUGCAAGGAUGAGGCAGAGUACAACCCAGACACCAAGAUUCCUUACCUCCUGCAGGAGCCGGAUCUUCGGUAUUUGGUGGAUGUGGUAUGGAGGGCUCAGUCUGCACAGAGUGCCUGUGAUGACCUGCUUGACCUGCUGAUGGUGCGCUGGGAUAAGCACUGUGACUGGAGCCCCUGGAACUGCAUACUGCUCACCAAGGACGAGGCAGCCGCACACCUCAAGGUUGAAGACAUAGACAAAGCAUAUGGCAUGAUGUUUAUCCGCAACAUCAAAUAUAAACACACACUCGCCCGGAAAUACUUCUCCCAGAUCCCUGUGAUGGCUGAAUAUCUCCAUGAUGUGAAAUCACAACCUACCGGCCACAGCAGCCUGUUGGUCACCAAUUCACUUUCUAAUGUGACCAAGUAGUCUUGCUAAGACACUAUAGGCUAAAGACAUUUUGGUUUUCUAUUUCUAAAACUAUUCCUCAGCACAAUUAAGAGAGCAAUACAAAUAGUUCCAAAUCUACUUUAAAUUACAGUUUUACACCAAUGCCUCACUAAUGUACAAGUGCUGGUUUAGUGGAAGUGACUCACUCUGUAAUGGAUUUAUAAUGACUACCCGGAUUAAAAUAAAGCCAAUGACCUUUA